UCUGAGGAGAUAUAUAAUUUUAAAAUUUUGAAUUGUUAUUACUUAAUCACAGCCUACCUUAGAGUACUAGACGUGAAUUUACCAAAUAUUUAGGAUUUUGUCCUAGAACAGAGUAAAAAAAAAAAUCAAUAAAGAUGUGAAAACGUUUUUUCAUUUACAUCCGGAUUUGUUACAGGGGUCUUGUCAAAGGUCGAAAUCCACCGUGAGUGCGUCUGUGUCCUUGUUUGAAGAUGUACGGUGCUAAUAUGGGAGUGCUCCUGCAGGUGCUGUGGGCCCAGCUCCUGAUGGGGUGGGCGCGGGGCUCCGAGCUUACGUUUGAGCUCCCAGACAACGCCAAGCAGUGCUUCUACGAGGAAAUCACAAUUGGGACCAAGUGUACCCUGGAGUUCCAGGUUGUCACUGGAGGUCAUUACGAUGUGGAUUGUCGUCUUGAAGACCCAGAGGGAAACGUCCUCUAUAAGGAAAUGAAAAAGCAGUAUGACAGCUUUACUUUCACUGCAGCAAGGAAUGGGUCUUAUAAAUUCUGUUUUAGCAAUGAGUUCUCCACCUUCACUCACAAGACUGUCUACUUUGACUUCCAAGUUGGAGAAGAUCCUCCUCUGUUUCCCAAUGAGAACAGAGUUACUGCAUUGACUCAGAUGGAGUCUGCUUGCGUUUCAAUUCACGAAGGCUUGAAGUCUGUUAUCGACUAUCAGACCCACUUUCGCCUGGGGGAAGCUCAAGGACGUAGCCGUGCAGAGGACCUGAACACCAGAGUAGCUUUCUGGUCCAUCGGAGAAGCAGUUAUCCUUCUAAUUGUUAGCAUUGGCCAGGUGGUCCUCCUAAGGAGCUUUUUCUCAGACAGGAAAACCACCACAACCCGUGUUGGAUCCUAACGAAUUGCAUUACACAAUGCACGCUGUCCACAACCACACCUGGCACUGUUUAUAAAGUAGGUACCGAUGGACUUUCAACAAAUAAAAUGAAAGUGUUUGGACCUUUUAUAAAGCUUAACAACGCUGUGGAUUUUUCUUUACAAUAAAUACUGCAUUAUGAAUUUAAAGAUGUUCACUGCUUAAACAACCUUUUAAGACCAGAAAUAAGGUUAAAAAAAGCUCUAAUUACCUGAAAUGGGACACUUCUAAUUUUGUUAUGUGGACUGGAUGGUUGAUAGCCUCAUACAUUUUCCAUUACCAUUUUCUUUUACAUUUACUUGUAUGAGGACUACUUCACAGUAGGUCCCUAAGAUUAAACACCUGUGUUUGAACCCUAAUGAUUUGGCUGUAUGAUUUAAUAGACCCUGACUUUGUCAUUAAUUCAAUGAUGUGCAUUCCGAUGUUAUAGUUGGUUCAUUACGUCACAGAAGAAAACAGCUCUUUGUUAAAGGUGGUCUGUAUAUGUAGUUGAAUUAAAACGUCCAAUAUCAA